UCCACAACUACAUCCGGGGCAUUCAGAAGUUUCACAUGUCAGUCGGUUCACAUCCAUGGGUUCAGCUGUGAAAUCCUGGCGGUAUGUGAAGACGCUCCAGCAGCUACUCCCGAUUUAAGGCUUUCUGGAGAAGAAAUGGCGCUGAUGGGAAUUCAGCUUGUGGUCAGCUUGCUGGCUGCCACCGCUAUGCAGAGGAUGGCUCCACAUUACUCAUUUGCACGCUGGCUCCUCUGCAACGGCAGUUUGUUCCGGUUCAAACACCCAACAGAAGGAGAGCUGUGUGCACUGGCACGAAUGCAGAUGCCCAAACAAAACAGGAGAGACAGGAGGCAGAAUGGGGAGAGCAAGCCUCUCACAGUGCCCAAAGACAUUGACCUUCAUCUAGAGAAAGCUCCCGUCAAUGUCAUUGACGCUCUUGUGCUUCAUUUUUUCCUGGAGUAUCAGUGGCUGGUAGAUUUUGCAGUCUAUGCAACAGGUGUCUACUUGUUCACAGAGUGUUACUACAGUGCAGUGGAUGCCAGCAAAGAGGUCAAUAUCGGAGCUAUCUGGUGUGUUCUGACUGUUCUCUUCAGUCUAAAGACCCUUCACACCCUGAUGAGCCACUACUUCCACUCCAAAGAGGGCGGUGAGCGCUCAGUGUGCCUCGCCUUCGGUUUUCUGUCCCUGCUCGUGGCCAUGCUGGUGCUGGUGGUCAGAGAGGACUACCUGGAGUUUGGUCUGGAGUCAGGCUUUUCCAGCCUCUUUGACAAUUUGGAAAUUUUUGCCAAGCAGCAGGGCUACGCUGAUUGGUCAGUCCCAGUGACUAAGCUCACAGUGAAGUUUGGUUUGGCGGCUGUCUGCGCUUACAUUGGUGCUCUCCUGGCCUUCCCCGGAUUGCGACUAGCUCAGACUCAUCUUGAUGCAGUACAGAUGAAUUCAGACCGCCCACUCAUCCAGAUUCUUCUGCAUGUGAGUUUCCUUUCUCCAGUUAUUGUGUUGGUGUUGUGGGUGAAACCAAUUACAAGAGACUUCCUGGUCAAUGCGCCUAUGGGAAAGACCUCUGUCACAAUAGUGUCCAGUGCAGCAUUUGACAGCUUGCGCCUGUGGAUCAUAGUAUUGCUGUACGUACUGCGCCUAGCACUGACUCGUUACCACCUGCAGGCCUACCUCAACCUGGCUCAGAAGUGGGUGGAGCAGAUGAAGAAGGAAGCAGGGCGGAUCGCUGCAAUUGACAUUCAGAGGAAGGUCACACGUGUGUUUUGCUACCUGACUGUAGUCACUCUCCAGUAUCUGCUUCCUAUUUUGCUCAUACUCUUCUCAACACUAUCACUCAAGGCACUAGGGGACUUUUCUUGGCGGGCUGGUGCAGAGACAGUGACACCAGCACUGGUGAUGCCCACAUCAGCGCCUGUGCAUCCUGGAGGUCUUGAUGAAGAUGAAGAGGGGAUGGAUGACAUGGAGGAGGACAUCCAAGCCACCGUAGCUCACUUGUCAGCAACCUUCACCACACUGCGCUCCGUCCUCACUCCGCUUUUCUUCCGAGGCUUCUUCGCCUUCUUCACCUGGUGGGUGGCUGCCUGCCAGGUCAUCAGCUCUCUGUUUGGUGUCUACUUCCAUCAGUACCUUAUGCAGAACUAAUGGAGGAAACACGCACACACACACAUGCACUGCUCUACCUGUAAUGCAGCUAUUGUUAUCCUGUUGCAAAGGAUGCCUGCAGACAGGACAUUUUAUUACAAUACACAACUACUGACACAAUACAACUUGACUUUGGCUGUAACAGAAGAAGAAGAUGAAGGUUUGUUGAGACAGUUGUAGAAAGGUGUCUUUUGCUUAAUAAUAAUAUUAGAGUGAACCAGGGCCUCUAUCUCAAAGCAAGUUCACGUUUACCUGGCUUUCUUUGGGUCAGUGUUAGGCUUCAUUGAGUCUAACUUUGGCAGUCUUCGAUAACCGGUAUCAUGAAGCUGGUUGACAGCUGGCUCACUUAACUCUGGGUUUACUGAACCAGCUACAAGCAUGUUCAUGCAACUUGGAUACAACAUCAAAAGAACCAUGUGCCACAUACUCGGUACCCACUGGAAAAUGAUUGGGCUGUUAUGGCAGCAAGAAACGAUUCUGUGAGGUGAAAUGCACUCAGUAUGUUAGGUCUACCUGUUGCUUUAACGUUGUCAUUUUGGAAGAUGAAGUCUUUGCUACAUAUGUACAGGGAUGUGUUCAUUUACCCUAGUCUCAUUGGUAUAAAUUGGGUGGACAAAAUAAUAGAAACACCUGUUAGCAUAAUGCAAUACAGUUCAACAAACAUUUGAACGUGAUCGCCUUCACAAAGGCAGGAUUUAUUUUAUAUUAGGCUACAUUAGUUUUAGCUUGGUGUGCCCAGUAAAGUGACAAAUGAGACUAUACAAGUAGACCAGAAUAAGAGGCUUUUGAAAUUGUAGGAAUAACUUAUGAAUCUUAAAGGUAAAGUUACAAUUAAGUGUAGGAAUCAUAAUGUAGGCCUUUAAAAUAGUUUGGUAUUUUCAACAUGUUCCUUAGUGUAAAAAAAUGUGACAUUCUGGCUCUGUAUUUGUCUGUGUGAGCAAAUUAUUAACACUGAUAUACUUACAAACAAUUAAAGCUACUUCCUGCUGCUAAAGUAGACCAAUGUACGGAUAGACAGAAAGAAAGAAAUGCUUUAUAAAGUCUGUCUGACCGAAAUUAUUCUGAACUUCGGACUUAAGUCCAUGUCAUGAUCUGGUAAAAAUGAAGAAUCAAUUUUUCCUGUGAUUUGAUUGGUCAGUAGUAUAGACUUUUAACAGGUUUUUAUCGGAUCUUCUGAACUCAACCUUCUCCAGAUCAGGUUCAGGCAGCACAGGCUACCAUGGCGAGCUACGUUGGUUAAAAGUGAACCAGCUUUUUUAUGCCAGAGUUAAGCAUCUAACCCACUGAUCUUGCUUUGUGAUGCAGGCCACUGACUAUCUUCCAGCUACUUUAUUUCAUUUUUCUGAAGCUGUAUCUAUGCCAGUGUUACCUGAACCAUUCUUAACAGAACAUUGUUAAACAUGCUGUAUUUUAAUAUAUUUAAUGGUACCAGGGUGAGUGUUAGUGCUUUCCUCAGUUUGGAAAUGCCUUUUUAUUAUUGUGAGGGACUCUUUGUGCUCCUCAAGAAACCGAUUCAAGAGUGCUAAAUUUUCUGUUUGGUUUUUAACCUUUUUCUGCUGUGAUGUAUUUAGAAGUAGUAAAAGUCAGAUCCAGCUUAGUGAACUGAACAAAGCUGAACCAGGCAGAACUGUAGUCAUGGCUGUAUAUGAGUAGUUGCUUUAUAUUAAGAAUUUCCUUCUUAAUUCCCAAGUGCCUGGAAGCUCAGGGGUUUUGAGUGAGUUUUAAAAUCUCCAUCCUCCUCCUUCAUGUGUAUUGAGAACAAAUAAUACGCAUCUGUUGAUAGAUGAAAUUAGCGGUCCAAACCUUUUCCUUUUAUUUUUAAACACUACUAGGUGAGAAACUUGUUAGUUCUUAUUCAGUCACAUCAAUUUUUUGCUGUUUUUAUUGCCAUGCAGUCAUGUACAUGUAAGAAUAAUCAAAGCCUUAUUUGAAUCAGUUUUGCAUUAGUGAUUUUAUUUAUUUAUGAUAUGUUGCCUCAAACAACUGAUAGGAAAUUUAUACAGAUCUAAUUCUGUACAUUUUGGAUUCUGUUGGUGGCAAGUUUCUUUUUUUGUUUGUUUGUUUUUAGCUAGUGUAUUGAAAUUGAAAGCUCUGAAACUGUAAUACUGUGAAGUUCAUAUCGAAGUGUUGCAUUUUGAGAUUUUUUUUUAAUGCAUGGUGUGCAGACAUUUGGCUAUAAACUGAUUGUUUUGUUUGUGUAGCACAAUAAAAAUUAUUAAAUUAUUUUCAUGUAACUUAGAUAUUUCUCUCAAAAGCGUGGGAGAUACUGAUAAAACAUUUUCUUUUAAAAGUUGCUGUUCCAGUUGAGAAAAGACACAUCUGGCAAUGGAGUGUUGCGCCACUGUCCUUGGUCCUGACCUCUGACCCUAACCUUCUGAGAAGAUUGUUCUUUAAUAAAUUAAUUAAUAUGAACCUGA